CUGUUUGGAGGAGCACUCCGUGUCCCGGGAGAAUGUCAGAGAGUAAUCAGCCACAGGACCUGGCACUCAUUAAAGAGCUGGAGCUCAUCUUGGAUUCCUGCACACUGGAGCUCACACCAGUGGAUGAAGUCUGGCCCAACCUGUACAUAGGAAAUGUGGCUGUAGCACAGAAUAGAAAGACAUUACAUAAGCUCGGCAUCACUCAUGUCCUCAACGCAGCGCACUCCAAGCAGGGAAGCAUCGGUGACCAGAGUUUUUACGGGAACACCUGCGUUUAUUACGGCAUCUCAGCAGAGGAUUCAGACCACUUUGAUCUCAGCCAGUACUUCAAACCUGCAGCUGACUUCAUACACAAAGCCCUGAAGAGCAAAGACGGAAAAGUGCUGGUGCAUUGCAUCAUGGGAAUGAGUCGAUCAGCCACUCUGGUCUUGGUGUACCUGAUGCUGCGGCAGCGUCUCACCCUGAGAGAUGCUCUGAGGCGCGUCAUCAAAAAACGAGCCAUUUACCCCAACCAGAACUUCCUGUCUCUCCUCCUCAAGCUGGAUGAGCAGCUUACAUUCAAACGGAGGAUUUGUCCUCUUCUCUGACAUCCCUCUUUCUCUCUUUUCCCACCUCCUUCAUCACAUUAGUCACUUUAAGACCUCUCUCCCUUUUCCAUGUGUUACACUCUUCUCUCAUCCGUACAGACAACAUCUGUAUAAUAAUGAUUUGCUGUCAGAAUGUGUAUUUUGUAGUUAGAGGUGUGAGUUUGAUGGUGGAGUGAUUUUUAAAUUCCAUAUUUCUAUUUUUAAGUUUCACUCCUGGGUUCGUCAUCGAUUGUGUUGUGUUGAUAUUGUAAAUAUCCAAGUACAGUCUCAUAUUUCUCUGAGGUUUGUUUUUCAUAUUAUUCAAACUGUAUUCAAAUGUUACCUGCCAAUGUUGUCAGGCGCGCCUACGAGCUUUGUACA